UGAUUAAAAAGAAAGGGGAGGGACCGUCGGUCUCCUUAGGAAAUACCCAGACCUCAACCAUCGCUGCAGAAAGACCUCGGCUGUCAUUCUUCUUCGCCGCCGCUUCGACAUAAAAAAGAGACCGCAGAAUCGAAGUUUCAAUAAUAUCAAAUUCUGUUCCCUUCUUUUAAGCCAUGGCUGCUAAGAUUCUAGCCAACUUAAUUGUGAUGGGUUCUGGUAUUCUAGCUCGUGCUUUUGUUCAAGCCUAUCGUCAAGCACUUUCAAAUGCUUCAAAAUCUGGUGUUGCCCAAGAGACUAUUGAGAACACAAUUCGGAGAGGGAGCAAAGUCAUGACGGAGCAAGAGGCCCGGCAAAUUCUUGGCGUAACGAAGGAAACUGCUUGGGAGGAGAUUCUGAAUAAAUAUGAAACUUUAUUUGAAAGAAAUGCCAAGAACGGUAGCUUUUAUCUUCAGUCAAAGGUUCACAGGGCUAAGGAAUGUUUAGAGGCUCUACAUCAAGGCAAAGGCGAGGGUAACCCUAGUUGAGAAUUUGCUGAUCUUCUUUCACACAUAUUGGCACUUGUAUUACUGUCUUGUUCUUGAUGAGAUGUCGAAAAGAUAUAGCUGCAUAUAUAUGUUUGCUUUGAUACCUUCUGACCUCAAGCUUUAGUGGUCCAGAAUAAUGAAUGUUGCCAAAGUCGUCAGUAUUAAUAUUGAUUGAUCCAAUUUUGUGGUUGAAAGCCAUUAAUCUAAUCA